AUGUCGUCGCCGCUGGAACGCCUGCCAAAUGAGCUGCUGGAUCAGAUCAUCUCCUACCUGGAUAUAGACCCGCCAUCUCGGGCCCGGAUCCAUCAGGAACCGAAUCAGGAUAUCGCAGUCUCACAAAACAAAAGCCUCAAAUAUUUAUCCCAAUCAUCCUCUCGCCUCGCCACCCUUUUGCGGCCCUGUCUCUUCGCCCAUGCUCGCGUAGUGCUUCAUGACAAGCCCUCGCAGUUUUGCUCGUUCGUGCUAAAAUGGGAUCUGGCUCGAUACAUCAAAUCCAUCCUCAUACUGGUUUCGGAUAACCAUCUCGCGCGUCUUGUCACCGGCCGCUGGCUGACUCACCUAUUCGAGUUCAUCGAUCCUCUAUGGAUUACCAUUGCCGCCCCGCCUAGAAUCAUCGGCGAGGCGCUGCAGAGCUCCAUUGACGAGCGCCAUGGCUGGGCCUUUGCUAUCGAUCAGCAGAUCUUGCAGCUCCAACAGAACAGCUACGGCAACCCAACCGCCCAUCAAUCACAGCCGCCGGAAAAUAUAUUCUGCACCCGCCCGUGGACAUCCCUAUUCUUCAACGAGGGAUCCUCCCUCAAGGCCUACAAUCACUACGAGUAUUUUCUCUCACAGGUCCCCUCAGUGCUGGGCCAAUGGGGACAUGACUUUAUCCUAAUGCAAAAUUCGCGCGAUAUGAGCGCGCACUUUGAAGGGAUAGAAUCCCUAACUUACACGGCGAUAUUCCCAUUCUACAAUCACGUCGAAAACGUUUGCAUUGCAAUGCAAUUGCUGCCACGGCUACGCGUCGUGACAGUCCAAUUAGCCCCGGAUGAGAAAAAUCACGCCACAGAGCUCGAGCAGCGCGGCUCGAUGGAUCCGAACGAUCCGUGGAUGGAGUUGGAAUCGUCCUAUUCGGUGAUUGGUUUCAAAAUUCGCACUCAGCCCUCUGUAGAGGAAUUCCGCACCCGAGACUUGCAUGUAGAAGCAAUACGGCCGGAGCUUACCAGAAUUCUGGCUGAAGAGUUGCGUGGAUGGACGCAUGAUGACCAGGGUGUUUGGAGGCGACCGCCGUUUGAAGAAUCAUCUUAG